AUGAAUUUAGUAUCCAACUCGUGGGCACCCUUGCUUGCAGCUAUACUGGCUUGCCUUUUUACUUCGGUAGAAGCAUUCGAGAACUCACACACGAAGCAUGCAAAGCCAAGCUUCUCAUUUGAUCAGCUUUGGGAUCUUGAGAAGACCUUUUGGGAUGCGUUCCUCUACCCUGCCAAUCUCAAACAGACACAAGGCAAUUCGUCUACCAUUUUUGCCUCCGAUGUCCAAGGACGUGUCGACAUUACCCGUACCUUCGAUGGAGAUGAACUGAACCGUGAAUACAUCUUCGGCCUCUUUGCAGAUCCUGAUCAUGUCAGUCUUGUCGGUGUUCCGAUCGCAUAUAACAUCACCCAGUUUGCUGCCAACGACAAUAUCGCUUCCGCAACCGCAGUAGUAACCUUCAACGCAACAACCUUCGGAGUCCUUAUCCCCGUCACAAUCGAUACCUGGAUUGAGUUCAACGAAGACGGAAAGAUAGCCCAGUAUGAUGCCGUGUUCCGCUGGUUUGAGUACCUCCUAGACUUCCUAGUCGGAGGCGUGGCAACAAAGAUCAAUGCCACCUCGUCUGACCAAGCCGUCGCAUAUGUGUCUGAUAUACUGGCAAAGACAAUCUGCGAGACCCAUGAACAACAUUGCACAGGAUCAAAUCAGCAGUAUACGGAUAGCUCUGCUUGCUAUGACUUUUUGACUAAAACCGUACGGUUUGGGAAGAGUUAUGAAUUGGGUCGCAAUACAUUGCUGUGCCGGGAGGUCCAUGAGCAUAUGGUACAGUAUCGGCCCGACGUACACUGUGCUCACAUCGGACCCGGUGGCGGUGGAUAUUGCGUCGAUGAUAUGAGUUAUGGACAGACUGUACUGCAACGGUACUUUAAUGAUUCGUGGAUCCCAUAUGGAUAUGGCACGGAUCAAAAUAUUUGGUUAGCCAACUAA